AUGUGUCGGCUCCUGAACGUCCUGCUGGCUUCGCUGAGUCGUUUCCUGUUUGCAGUCCACGGGGUGGUGACAGUGUGGUGUGUGGUGACCGUUAAAGAGGAGCCACUCUAUUGGUUGCUGCUGAUGGGCGUGGCUCUGCUGGGUGUGGAAAUGGCUGUCACGCUGAAGUGCACCCAAAACGCGGAGUGGAAAUGGUUCUCCCCCAUGGUUUUCCUCUACCUCAGUACUGUCAUCCCGUCCAUUUGGUUUCUGGAGCUAAGCCUGCUGCAGUCCAAGCUGCCUGUCAACAAUUCCUCAGGCCCUGAGCUUCAUUUGCUGGCUCACAUCCCGAUCACAGCGGGCAUCGUGGAGCUGGACCCAGAGAACUGGGUCGCUGGACUGGAGCAGACCAUGCUCAUAGUGUUGGUUUUGGGUCGAUGGCUGAUGCCCAAGGGGGACAUGUCCCGCGAUCAGCUCUCUCAGCUCCUCAUGGUGUACGUGGGACUGGGCGCUGACAUCCUGGACAUCUUUGACACCUUCAAGGAACCUGAGGUCAAAACCAACCAAGCAGUUGUCAUCAUCGGCCUGGCCCUCUUCUCUUGGGCGCUCAUGCAGUUUCCUCUGGUGCUUACCCAGACACAACCCCCAAAGGGCGAGUCUCCACAGACAGGUUUGAGUGGUCUCUCCUGCUGCCCCAGUGCUCCUUUAGCAUUCUCCUCCUGCUGCUCCAGUGAAGUGUGGAGCUUGCUGCUCACGGUGGGACUCCAAGAUGGGCCCUUCCUGAUUUACCGGCUCUACCUCAUGUUCAAAGAGCAGGUACUCAACCAGCUGAUGAUCUUUUUCACCUGUAAGAAUAUCCUCAUUGUCCUCUUGGAGCUUUACCGAAUCUUUGUGGUGCAGUGCGAGCAGCCGGUAGAGCAAUUGGGGUUUGACAGGUGUGCCGCUUUGGUACUCCAGUGUCGCACCAAGAGUUGUGGGGAAGAGGAGGGGGUGGAGGAGGAAGAAGGUAGAGAGGAGCGUAGUGGAGAACAGAGUUGUAAUACAGACACAGAAAGUGGGAUUGAGAGACUUGAGAGAGCCUUGCUCAGAGACAGCCUCAGCUCUCUGGAGGUUCAGUGA